UGAAAUGAGUAGGUGGAGCGGUGGAGGGAGCGACGUGGAUUGUGGUUUAUUCACAGGUUCCGUUUACACUAACGUGUUCGUUUUGUACCGGCGCGAAACUUCAACUAUAAAAACUUAAAACCAGAUUCCAUCUCAAUCAUCUUCAUUUCCAUUUCCAUUUACACUUUCAAUAGUCACAAUCAUCACAAUUCCAAAUUCCAAAUCACAAUGGCAAUAGAACAAAAACAACAAGAGAAUGAAGAUUCCUCCAACGGAAUCAGAGUCCAAGGAAUGCAAUUCUCCUACAACGACAUCCAACAACAACAACCACCGCUCUUCGUCGAUUUCAACCUCCAAGUUUCUCCAGGAUCCAGAUGCCUCCUCGUCGGUGCUAACGGAUCCGGUAAAACGACUUUGCUGAAGAUUCUGGCGGGGAAGCAUAUGGUUGGAGGAAAAGACGUUGUCCGUGUCUUGAAUUGUUCUGCUUUUCAUGAUACUCAGCUUGUUUGUAGUGGUGAUCUUGCUUAUUUGGGUGGAUCUUGGAGCAAAAACGUUGGUUGCGCUGGAGACAUUCCACUGCAGGGAGACUUCUCUGCUGAACAUAUGAUAUUCGGUGUCGAAGGCGUUGAUCCUGAGAGGAGAGACAAGUUGAUUGAGCUUCUUGAUAUAGAUCUGCAGUGGCGAAUGCAUAAGGUAUCCGAUGGGCAGCGGCGUCGAGUGCAAAUCUGUUUGGGUCUUCUUCAUCCUUAUAAGGUUCUCUUGCUGGAUGAGGUAACAGUUGACCUGGAUGUUGUUACUAGAAUGGAUUUAUUGGAAUUCUUCAAGGAAGAAUGUGAGCAGAGAGAAGCUACAGUUGUAUAUGCAACUCACAUUUUUGACGGACUGGAGACAUGGGCAACUCAUUUGGCAUAUAUACAAGAAGGCGAAUUGAGGAGAGCAGAAAAAAUAUCAGAUGUUAAUGAGUUGAAAUCUUCAAUUAAUCUGCUGUCUGUUGUCGAGUCCUGGCUCCGUGCUGAAACAAAGCUUGAAAAGAAGAAACCUGUCCAGAAUACAUCUCAUGCUCAAGGGAAUUCUUUUACUAACUCUCCAUUCUCUUCAUCAUCCAGACAUAUGGCAUACUAUCGAUAGUCUCUAUCAACACCAAUUGCAGAUGAAAGUAAUUUGAGAGACGAAAAUAUGUACUGUAAGAAUUAAUUCUCAUUCCAUAUAUGAUUGAUUAUACAACACCAAAUAAAAAUUUAGAUAGGUUUUGAAUCUGUUUUCAUCAUGAUUAAAUAUGUAAUCUUCCCUUAUUUAUAGCUAUGUCAUCCCCUUCAAGCUCCAAUUUAACCGCUUUUAGUAGUUCUCUUUUGGUAUCUCUUUGUUAUGUAUUUUUCUGCACUCGAUAUAUAUUUAAUCAAGGAUGCUUAAAUCAU